AAAGAAAUGGAAGAGGGCUCCAGUUCUCCAGUCUCCCCUGUGGAUAGUCUGGUGACCAGCGAGGAGGAGCUGGACAGACAGCAGAAACGCUUCCCGGCGAAGAGGAGACAAAGCAAGAAGUCCAGCGAGGACAGCAGCGGCAGCAGCCCGGGGCCAGUGAAACGGGUUAAAAAGCCCAGUCCGAGCAGCAACCAGUCGUACGAGGAGCUGCAGAACCAGCGGGUCCUGGCCAACGUCCGGGAGAGGCAGCGGACUCAGUCUCUGAACGAGGCCUUUGCGUCUUUACGCAAAAUCAUCCCCACGCUGCCCUCGGACAAACUGAGCAAGAUACAGACGCUGAAGCUCGCCUCCAGAUACAUUGACUUUCUCUGUCAGGUGCUGCAGAGCGACGAGAUGGACAACAAGAUGUCCAGCUGCAGCUACGUUGCGCACGAAAGACUCAGUUACGCCUUCUCGGUGUGGAGGAUGGAGGGCGCGUGGUCUAUGUCAGCAUCUCACUAG